AUGGAUGACUUCCCGUCAACUUCUGCGGUGUGGAAAGUAAGUCAGCGUACUCCUCCGGCUGCCCUUUGGAUCGCUUGCGUAUGUAGCGUCAGCUCCGUGUGCUUUCCGCAUAUGCUCAAACAAACCGGCCAAAGCUUUGUUCAAGGCGCGCUCUUGCCGCCACAGCGGGUCUCCCAGAGCCGGUUUAGAGCCUUAAAAUUCAAAUUUCUCUGCAAGAAUCAAGAAUAUUUGGAUCUAGAUCAACUUCUAGGAGGGUCCCAGAUCCAACGGGAAGUCCUCCAAUGGACGACUUCCCAUCAACAUCUGCGGGUCUCCCAGGGCCGGAUUAGAGCCUUAAAAUUCAAAUUUCUCUGCAAGAAUCAAGAAUUUUUGGGUCUAGAUCAACUUCUGCAAGGGUCCCAGAUCUGA